UUGCCAUCUAACGACAACCCUCAGAACUAUUCCAGCAUUUCCUGCACAACUGUCAUUAGUGUCAUACUGUCAUUAGUCAAAUACAUCUGAGUAGUGUCAGACGAUAGUAUGCACGUGUAUUUAAAAAAUUACUCUCCAAUUUUAUUUAUUAUAGUAUAAUUUAUAUUUUUAUAUAAUAAAAGUUUUAUAUUAUCGUGCGUAUAUUUCAUUCUAUGGUGUGAUCCGCAAGCCAUCAAAAUGUCUAUGCUUGCGGAACGUAAAACUAAGCAAAAGUGGUCAUUAAAUCCACGAGGAAAAGCGUGGAGUGAAGACUCCAGUAAAUUCGGCCAGAAAAUGUUAGAAAAAAUGGGGUGGUCGAAAGGCAAGGGCUUAGGACCUAGGGAAAAUGGUAUCUGCGAGCACGUCAAAAUCCCGUACAAAAACGACAGUAAAGGUAUGGGCUAUAAAGACAGAAACGACCAAUGGACUGAACACGAUACAAACUUCUCUGCUUUGCUACAGUCCCUCUCUGGUGAGAAACCACCAGAAAACAGUGUUACAGGGUCUUCCCUUGAGGCUAAAUCCCAAAAUUCGAGAGUACGGGUGCAUUAUAAAAAAUUCACUCGAGGAAAAGAUGUAAGCCGUUGGAGCGAAAAAGAUUUAGCCAACAUUUUUGGCAAAAGAAGUCUGAAAGACUCUCCCAUGGUGUCGACUUGUGAAGACAGCAAUGAAACAAAAGAGAAUCAAACUGAUUCCGGGUUUGCACGUAAUAGUGGUUCUAUGGUUGAUUAUUUUAAGAAAAAAUUGCCAAAUUUUGGAAAAACUAAUAGUUAUGUGGUUGGCAACAAUGGGGUAUUGACAAAAAUGGAGGAAUCUGAAGAUGAAGAUCGAGUUGGUUUUGGGUUUGAGAAAAAGAGAGCAGGAGAUGACGUGGUAAAUGGGACUCCAAAGAAAAUGAGGAUGGAAGUGGGAGAGGAAGAGAAGGGAUUGAUGAAUCCCGCUUUUGAUCCGAUGCACAGUAACAUUGAGGUACAAAAACAUGUUUUGAAUACAAUUGUUGAAGAGAGUGAAGAAUGUGAAGUGCAUAUCAAGAAGAAUAAGAUAAAACUUGAAAUAGUCACUUCUGAAAAUACAUGUGACAAUUCUAAUACAAAACAAGAGAAAAAGAAAAAGAAAAAAACUGGUCAAGCAGAAGGAAUAACGGAAAAUAUGUUUGAGAUUGCUGAACAAGAAAUAGGGAAAAAUGAUUCAGAAGAAUGUCAAAAAAAGAAGAAGAAGAAACGAUCAGCACCAAUGGAUAAUCCAUCUUUUGAGGAAAACGACGAUAAGAAUAUGGAUAUUCAAACAAAUGACACGUUUGAAGUAAAGAGAAAGAAAAAGAGGAAAACCAAGACUAAUUUGGUAGAAACAGAAAAUGAACAUAGUAGUCAGAAUGGUUCUAUUCAUACUGAAGUAAAAGUCAAUAAAAAGAAAAAAAGUGCUGUUUCUCCUGGAAUAGACAAUCCAAACUUUGACAAUCUGGAAAAUGUUGAAACCAACAGUCACAAUAGUGAUUAUGAAGUUAAAAGAAGUCAAAAGAAAAACGAAAAUUCUGGAAUAGAAAAUCCGAAUUUUGAUUACAUGGAAGAAAGUCCAGUUAACAGUCACAACAAUGAUUAUGAAGUUAAAAGAAAAAAAAAGAAGAAAAACUUGAACUCUGAAAAUACAAAUUUUAAUGAAGUGGAAGAAUGUCAAAAUAACAGUCAUGGGUAUGAAGUUAAAAAAAGAAAGAAGAAAAAUGACAACUCUGGAAUAGAAAAUCCCGAUUUUAACGUUUUAGAAAGUAGCCAAAACAGCUGUCAAAACAAUGAAUAUGAAGUCAAAAGAAAAAAGAACAAAGGUAGCGAGAGUUCAGGCGUAGAAAACCCAAAUUUUGACAUAAUGGACGCUAGUCAAAAUAGCUACAAUGACAGCACUUUUGAAGUUAAGAGAAAGAAGAAAAAGAAGAAAGACGUGGCAGUUGAUAACCCCAGUUUUACAGCAUGCAGCGACGAUAGUCAAAUUAGCAAAAGGGAAGAAAGUGAAGACAAAACUCAGGAAGAACCUUGUUUAGAUCUAGUUUUGAACAUCACCUCAACUCCAAGUUUGCCAAAGGCAGAGUCUUCAAAGCAGUCCUCAACAAAAAAAAGAAAGAACGUAAGAUUUAGUCACGUCAACGAAGAACGCAUAAUUUCAAAUAACGAAGAUAUAGAAAAUAGAAAUGAACUUUUUGAUAUAAAUUCCAGAGUAAUAUCUGAUGGUUUAAACGACACAAGUACAAACCUAGAUCUAGAUGAAAUAUCCAAAAAAAUCGACGGUUUUCAAGCAGAGGUCGAAAACGACAUCAACGAAGCCAAAGUCAAUAAAUUCAUAGGUGAGGUUGGCAGUCCUGAUGGCGAAAACGAGAAGUUACCAGAAGGAACCAAACUGAAAUUCAAAAAUGCAAAUUUCGGUAGAGUACCAGUGUUUAUCAACAGGAACACAUCAAGAGCAAAAACAUCCUAUAAACACUUAAUAAAAGGAGACAUCAUUUUAGGUUUUAAAAACACAAAUUUACACGAAAUUGUUGGUUAUGGUGUAAAAAAAUAAAAACAAAAAACUAAA